CGCGCUCCACUCCCUGCUCGCUUCUCUCCCAUUCAAGCGCUCUUCGCGCUCUGCUCCUCGUUAGCCGCCGCCGCCUCCUUCUCUUCGCCAUGUCCUAGCGUGGUGUUUUUGCUGGCGGCCGCUAAGGCGAGCGAAUAAGCGGGCGACUCGUUCUUUGCUUGGGGGGCGUUUGGCGUGCGCCUCCGGGAUGGAGGGCGCCUAAAAAGCCCCGGCCGCUGAGUGAGGAGACCGGAGCCGGCCGGGACGAUCUUCGGGAAGGUGAGGCAGGCAAAGAGCCAUGGAAGUGCAGUCGGUGUCUGAAAGUCCGGCGGCGGCGGCAACGGCAGCGGCCCCCGGCACCGUCGCUCUCCCCUCGGAACCGGCUAAGGAUACGGACCGCCAGCUGCGCCUUCGCCUCUGCGUCCUCAACGAGAUCCUGGGCACCGAGCGGGAUUACGUGGGCACCCUGCGCUUCUUGCAGUCGGCCUUUCUGCAUCGAAUUAGACAAAAUGCGGUGGAUAAAGCUGAGAAAUAUAUAACAGAGGAAAAUGUCAAGAUUUUAUUUUCCAAUAUGGAAGAUAUACUUGAUGUUCAUAAUGACUUCCUGACUGCUUUAGAAUAUUGUUUACAUCCGGAACCUCAUUCUCAGCAUCAACUGGGAGAUGUUUUCUUAAAAUUUAAGGAAAAGUUCAUUGUAUAUGAGGAGUAUUGCAGCAACCAUGAAAAAGCACUCCGGCUUUUGAUGGAACUGAACAAGAUCCCUCCUGUGAGAGCAUUCCUAUUGAGUUGCAUGCUUUUGGGAGGUAGAAAGACUACAGACAUUCCACUUGAAGGUUAUCUCCUAACUCCAAUUCAGAGGAUUUGCAAAUACCCACUUCUCCUCAAGGAACUAGCCAAGAGGACACCCACUAAACACCCAGAUUAUCAAGCGGUAUUGAAUGCAUUACAGGCAAUGAAAACAGUGUGCACCAAUAUCAAUGAGACCAAAAGGCAAAUGGAGAAGCUAGAAGCUCUUGAGCAAUUGCAGUCUCACAUUGAAGGAUGGGAGGGCUCCAACCUGACAGACAUCUCAACUCAGCUUCUGCUUCAAGGAAACUUACUAAAAAUCUCAGCCGGAAACAUCCAGGAGAGAACAUUUUUUCUUUUUGAUAACUUGCUCAUUUAUUGCAAGCGGAAAUCCAGAGUUGCUGGGAAGAAAACAUCUAAGCGUACCAAGUCUAUCAAUGGAUCCCUCUAUAUUUUCAGAGGGCGAAUAAACACAGAAGUAAUGGAGGUUGAGAAUGUGGAAGAUGGGACAGCAGAUUAUCACAGUAAUGGUUACACAGUAACAAAUGGAUGGAAGAUACACAACACGGCAAAAAACAAAUGGUUUGUUUGUAUGGCCAAGACAGCAGAGGACAAACAGAAAUGGCUGGAUGCCAUAAUCAAGGAAAGGGAACAAAGAGAAAGUCUGAAGCUAGGCAUGGAGAGAGAUGCUUAUGCUAUGAUUGCUGAGAAAGGAGAAAAACUGUAUCACAUGAUGACGAACAAGAAAGUGAAUCUUAUCAAAGACAGGAGGAGAAAAUUAAGCACUGUUCCCAAGUGCUUUCUUGGCAAUGAGCUUGUUUCUUGGUUGAAAGAAAUUGGGGAGAUAAGCAAACCAGAAGAAGGGGUCAAUCUGGGACAAGCUCUAUUGGAGAAUGGCAUCAUCCAUCAUGUUUCAGAUAAGCACCACUUCAAAAACGAGCAGGUGAUGUACAGAUUUCGUUAUGAUGAUGGGACAUAUAAGCCACGGAGUGAAUUAGAAGACAUCAUGUCUAAGGGUGUAAGGCUCUACUGUCGUCUGCACAGUCUGUACACACCAGUGAUAAAAGAUAGAGAUUAUCACUUGAAGACAUACAAAUCAGUGAUCCCAGCAAAUAAACUAGUGGAUUGGUUGAUUGCUCAGGGAGACUGUCAGACCAGAGAGGAUGCUGUGGCACUGGGAGUCGGGCUCUGUAACAAUGGUUUUAUGCAUCAUGUACUGGAGAAGAGUGAAUUCAGAGAUGAGUCUCAGUACUUUCGUUUUCACGCUGAUGAGGAGAUGGAAGGUACAAAUUCGAAGAGUAAGCCUCUGCGAAAUGACUUCAAGCUUAUUGAAAACAUCUUAGCUAAAAGUCUGCUGGUUCUUCCAGAAGAGGAUGACUAUGGAUUUGACAUAGAAGAAAAGAACAAGGCCAUUGUGGUAAAGUCUGUUCGCCGAGGUUCACAUGCAGAGAUGGCGGGCUUGCAGGUUGGUCGAAAAAUUUAUUCCAUGAAUGAAGACCUUGUGUUCCUGCGUUCAUUUCAAGAGGUUGAGACCAUCUUAAACCAGUCUUUCUGCUCUCGGCGUCCUCUUCGACUUCUUGUGGCCACCAAAUCUAAAGAGAUUAUCAAAAUUCCAGAUUUCAGUGACAAGUUGUGUUUCCAGAUACGCGGAGAAGCACCACCCUAUGUCCACGCUGUGGGGAGAGGAUCAGAAGCAGCAGCUUUGGGGCUUCACCCAGGCCAAUGUGUCCUGAAAGUAAAUGGAAAUAAUGUGAUGAGUGAAAACUACACUGAAGUCCUGGAUCACUUUUCAUCAUACAGGAAUAGGCAGCAGGAAUUUCUGGGUUUCUACCAAUGGGUUUACAGAACGCAUGAAAAUGCUGAAGAGGAGAGAGCUCUUCAGGCAGCUUCAAACUCAUACCUGAAUGGAAGUCAUUCAGAGAUGCUUAAAGGAAACCUCUCAAUUGAAGAAAAUUCAGAUCUUGAUCCCCUUAAUGACAGCCAGCAGGAAGAAGACUUGCCCCUUCAGACUUUUGACUCUCCUCUAAUUAUAAGAGAAGACACGCAACUUAUAAGUCUAACAGUGGACAAUGUCCAUCUAGAACAUGCUGUUGUUUAUGAAUACGUCAGCACUGCUGGAAUCAAGUGUUUUGUCCUGGAGAAGAUUAUUGAACCGAAAGGGACCUUCAUCCUCACAGCAAAGAUUUUGGAGGCUUUUGCAACAGACGACAGCAACUUUGUGAAGAAUUGCAGGAGGCUCAUGUCCCUCAGCAAUGCAGUGGUCACCAUGCCACAAUAUGAGUUCCGGCAAAUUUGUGACACAAAGCUAGAAAGCAUCAGCAGAAGAAUUGCCAGUUAUCAAGAGUUUGCAGAUGAGUUGAAAAUGAAAGUCAGCCCAUCCUUCAAACGAGCCACAACAGAGCUUCACCCCUUGUGCAGCAUGGAUUUCUGCCCUACCAACUGCCACAUUAACCUCAUGGAAGUGUCAUACCCCAAAAACACUACCUCAACGGGAAGGUCAUUCAGCAUUCGCAUUGGACGGAAGCCUUCUAUUAUUGGCCUUGACCCAGAACAAGGAACCUUAAAUCCCGUCUCAUACACUCAGCAUUGCAUCACGACUAUGGCUGCGCCAUCAUGGAGGUGUCUGACUCCAGAAAAUGAAGAUCUCAACCCACAUGGACAGUAUGAUGGUUACUCUGGGCAAGAGAAUGGAGGAACCGCUCAGGAAGAUAGAGGUCUUGCUUUUCUGUUGAAGCAAGAAGAUCGGGAGAUACAGGACUCCUACUUACAGCUCUUCAACAAGCUAGAUGUAGCAGUUAAGGAAAUGAAACAAUAUGUCCUCCAGAUACAUAAGCUUUUGUCGACUAUCACAGAACCAACAGCAGAAGAAUUAUGUGAGCCUCCCUCCACAGAGGAGAUAUCCUCCACUUCUUUGGUUGCAGAUGAAAGUGACAUUGACAAAGCGGAGCAUGGCAUGAAGAAGGUGUGCUUCAAAGUCUCUGAAGAAGACCAGGAAGACUCCGGGCAUGAUACAAUAAGUUUCAGAGAUUCCUACAGUGAAUGUAACAGCAAUAGGGAUUCAGUCCUUUCCUAUACCAGUGUCCGGAGUAACAGCUCUUACUUGGGCAGUGAUGAAAUGGGAUCAGGUGAUGAACUUCCCAGUGAUAUGAGAAUACCGUCUGACAAACAAGACAAGCUUCAUGGCUGCCUUGAGCAUCUUUUUAACCAGGUGGAUGCUAUCAAUGUCCUUCUCAAAGGGCCAGUAAUAAGCAAAGCUUUUGAAGAAACCAAACAUUUCCCAAUAGAUCACACUCUGCAAGAAUUUAAACAGAAAGAAGAAACCACUAUUCGGAGCAGGAACAAGAUUCAGAUCAGCAUACAGGAAGAUCCCUGGAACCUCCCACUCCGCAUUAAAAAUCUUGUUGAUACAAUUCAGAAAUAUGUGGAAGAUGGAAAGAAUCAGCUCCUGCUGGCUUUGUUGAAAUGCACAGAUACAGAACUGCAAGUGAGACGAGAUGUAAUUUUCUGCCAGGCCCUGGUGGCAGCCGUUUGCACGUUUUCGGAGCAGUUAUUGGGAGCACUCAACUAUCGAUACAAUAACAACGGAGAGUAUGAAGAAAGCAGUCGGGAAGCCAGUAAAAAGUGGCUGGAGCAGAUAGCAGCCACAGGAGUGUUGCUCAACUACCAGUCUUUGCUGUCUCCCAGUGUGAAAGAAGAGCGAAUCAUGCUGGAAGACAUCCAGGCCACCCUUUCAGAGCUGGAUAAGGUUGCCUUUUAUUUCAAACAGCUGGAUGAGUGUUUUGUAGCAAAUACUCAUGUCUUUUAUCACGUGGAGGGAAAUCGGCAAGUUUUGAAAGUGACCUUAUUCCUGGAUAGUUACUAUUUUUCUAAACUACCUACCCGGUUUCAGAAUGGAGGAAGUCUGAAACUACACGCAGUGCUCUUUACAAAAGACCUUGAAAAUCUGGACAGCCAAGUCCUACCAAAUGGGUCGCCUCAGGAGGACCUUCAGCAUCAAAUCAAUUCCUAUUCUCUUGAGAAGGUGCAACAGUAUUAUCACAAGCUCAGGACAUUUUACCUGGAACGAUCUAACUUGCCUACAGAUUCAAACACCACAGCUGUGAAAAUUCAUCAGCUUAUUCGGCCCAUCAAUGCAAUGCAGGAGCUUUGCAGGUUAAUGAAAUCUUUCAUCGGCACAAAAGGCAAUCAGUCUGGGUACUCUAGUAAUUAUGUAGCAGGGACUGGACUGCUGCCUAUAUCGUCUGAAUUCUGCUACCGUCUUGGAGCCUGCCAGAUUGUAAUGUGUGGCACCGGGAUGCAAAGGAGCACACUGUGUGUGUCAUUGGAACAAGCAGCAAUAUUGGCUCGAAGUCAUGGACUCUUGCCCAAGUGUAUUAUGCAGGCAACGGACAUAAUGAGAAAGCAAGGACCAAGAGUUGAAAUCUCUGCAAAAAACCUGAAAGUGAUGGAUCAGAUGCCGCAAUCUGCACCCCGAAUCUACCAGUUAUGUCAACCACCUGCAGAUGGAGACUUGUAAGAGGGAAGGAAACAGAUUAUCUUGGAGUCACAGAAGGGUUCAGCAGACAGCAAUUCUGCCUAAGUACUGUCUUAUGCUUGUGGUGCUGAGUCCAGAAGACAGGGGACAGUCCCGAUUUCUAUUUUUUAGGUACUCUAGUGCACUAGGGGCUUCUCCUUCCCCUUGUUUCCUGCGAAAUUACGAGAGCAGGCACACUUACUGUUUCUGGGCUCGAUGCAGAAGUUCUUCAAAAUUAAAUCUCCCAGGGGAUGGAUGGAAGAAUCGCCUCUCUCAGGUUGCCUGACAUGGAACAUUGUGGAUUCUGAAUUUUGGAUGGGCACAGAUGAUGAAGCAAACCUGCCUGCCAUGGUGUUUGGACUACACAGAGUUUCUAGCAAAAUGUUGGCCAGUUGCCUUGAAAUAAGAGUCUCACAAACACUCACUUGCACUUUGAAAUUUUGAAUGGCGCACAUUCUCUGGUUUGUUCAAAGAAUUUUUCACGUCAUAUUACUAUGAACCAAGCUCAACUCUAUAAAAUACACAUUCCAUGAGACUUUCUACAAGAAAUUCCUUUUAAUUUUUACUGUAAAGUUCAGAAGUUAACACAUUAAAAAAAACUAAUGGUCCAUUAUGUAUUCUGGAAAUACAGUUGUAUUUUACCAGUGAGAAUAACAAUGAAGGAUUUUUUUAAAAAAAAAAAAGUUGUUACAAAAGAGAAGCAAGACGCAGCUAUUUGCUACAAUAAUUUAAACAUAUGAAGGUUUUUGAAGUCAGGACAGAAAUAUACUUAUUUAUGUGGCAUAGAAGAUCUGUUUUGGAAUAUGUUACUAUAUAUGCAAGAUUUAAAUAAAAAAAAAUAUUUGUUUCAAAGGGGCCAAUAGACUGGUAGAUAUGUAGUAGUUACUGAAAAUAUUAUUGUGAUAUUUAAAACUUUGCAGUAUUUAAGUAGACUUUAAUCAGUUUUUUUUAAAAAAAUAGAAUACAAGUAGGUUGUAAUUUAAAACAAAAAUUUGGUUGUGUAUAUAAUGUACUUAAUUUUUCCCAAUUUUAGAAAUGUUUUUAGUUUGAUCAGGAUGAUUACUAGAAUGGUAAUUUACUUUUAAAUUACCAUCUGCAAUGUAUUUUUUUUCUAAAAAGAAAAAAAAAGAAAAAAAAAGCAAUCUCAGGCCAGAAAUAAUGUUUUUGUGGAGUGAGUGCCUUAAAUUAAUUAUCUAAGUUGGUCAAGACUAGGAUAAAUUAAGAGGAAUAAAACUAAUACUUGUCUAUAUCAAUAAUAAUUUAACAGCAUAAUAUGCUGUAAAAUGCGUAUUUCUGGGUAUGCAUAGAAAUUCCUUAAAGUGAUUUAUGGUAUUUAAGGCAUGCAGAAAAGAAUUGCGUGGUGGGGGUGGGUGUCUUUGAAGAGGGCAUUUAAUAAGCUUCAGUGUUUGCUAAUAAUCAAAACUUUAUUUUUAUGUGUCACACUGAAAAUGGCUCCUCUGCUUCUACUCUGGGUGAGGAAGUUGAUGAGGAAGAAACAUGCUGUCUUAUCUGAAUUUAUUUGAGAUUCUAGUUAAAAGUAGAGUUUCAUUUCUGAUUGGUGCAUAAGACUAUCGUUUAUUCAUAUUAGAAUAAAUAACCGCCAUAUAAUUAAAUGGCCAGCAGAUGGCAGUCUUAGGCUUCCUAGUGAAAACCACUGUACUACCCCUCCCCUCCCCAAAAUGGAUUUAAAAAAACCCAAAAUCCUUAGUUGAAAAAUAACAACAUUUAAUAGUUGCUUUUAAUAAGUGGAAUUGAAUGGAACUCAUUUAAAGUUAGUAAAAUUUUCUGGAAGAUUUGCUCAGCAAACUUGAGUAACCAUCUUAGUCCAUGCUGCUUGGGUGCUAUAAUUGAAAUAUAACAGUUUAUUCUCCCCAUUAUAUACAGUAGCAUGGUGAGCAUCCAAAUAUAGGCUAAUUUAAAAUAGCUUAUCCAAGAUAGAGAUUAAUAUUUUACAUGAGACUUUCUCAGCAAAUUGCGUCUAGGUGUACAACCAACGAAGAUGCCUGUCUAUCCGUGAUUGCUGAGCUAGGGAAAAAUUAGAUUGGAAUCUUAAAUCUUGUAUCAAUUAAUCUGCAUGGCCCAGCAUCAAUUAAUCUGCCUUGUGCCCUUCAGUUUCAUUGAGACCAUUGUGAAGAUUGAUUCAUGUAACUAAUAUUGGGGCCUAAUUAGAAUGUCAAGAAUUUUAUUGUCGCUCUUGCCUCCCACACACCCCAUUGAAUGUAAACAUCAUGCACAUAUAGCUUCAUCUGCCAGACUAAUGUACAAGCAUGGAACGCCUUAUGGGAUAGUUAAGGAUUCCUUUCAAAGGAACCGGUUGCUUGCUGUUUGCCUAAUUCACAUCUUUCAUCUUCACGUCUACACAUUUUGUACUGUUGAGGAUAUUGUACAAUGGCAUGUGAGAAUUCACCAAGGCGGGGAAAGUAGAACUACAUCUCUUGCAAUAACAUUUGCACAUUUGGAGAAUGCCUGUAAAUCAGAACCAGGUACAUAUAAUGACACCGAAAAGUCACGACCAGUGGUGGGUUUCAAAAUUUUUUACUACCGGUUCUGUGGGUAUGGCUUGGUGGGCAUGGCAUGGCUUGGUGGGUGUGCCAGGGGAAGGAUACUGUAAAACCUCCAUUCCCAUCCCACUCCAGGGGAAGGUUAAUGCAAAAUCCCCAUUUCCUCCCGAUUAGCUGGGACUUGGGAGGCAGAGAAUAGUAGGAGGGCGGGGCCAAUCAGAAUUUUUACUACUGGUUCUCUGAACUACUCAAAAUUUCCGCGACCAGUUCUCCAGAACUGGUCAGAACCUGCUGAAACCCACCUCUGGUCAUGAGGCCUUGGGAUAAGUUCAGUAGAAGAACAAAAGUGCAGUGUCAGAUACCAACUACAGAGAGCAUGGUCUAGAGUUGUUUUUGCUACUCCAGCUGAGCUCAGUACGAUGUCCUAAAUUCAGUCUUCUACAUCUAAUUCUCCAGAUAUGCUGGAUGUCAGCUCCCAGAAUCCUUAGCUGUAGAGCCAUGGCCUAGCAAUGCCUAAGUAGCUGACAUCACACACUUGCUCUGAAGGUGAUUAGGCUUGGAUAGCAUAGUAAGCGCUAGGUGAAAUUCUCCUGUGCAAUUACAUUGAACAUCCAUUGCAUGUUUUCCAUGGUUUCCUCCCUUAGAAGCCUGCAACUGACAGUUCUCCAUUCACAGCGCUGAAACUAGCUCCUUAGAAGCUCCCUUACUCAUCUCCGUCACACACAGUAAAGGAGCAAUCACUUCUCUUUAUAAUAAACUUAUAUGGGGGUCUUUCUGAAGACAUUGGUUUUGCCAAUAUGGGGAAGUAACAGAACAUAUUUUUAUAGCGAUAUGUAACUGGCAUUUUCAGAUGUACUGUAUGUAUAUAAAAAGUACACCGUCCUGGUAAAGUCAGCUCCAGUCGCUUUCUUUCAUUUUUUCCUUGCUGUAUUACUAAUGGUAUGUAUAUGUGUAUGUGGUAAGAUAAAUGAGGUAAUACAUUUGAUGUCUAACCUAUUUUGUCCAUUCAUUGAUGAUCCAUGUGGUUUCUAUUGGUGCUGGCUUGUUUGCCUCUCAAAUUGGUUUCUCUCAUAACUCAAUAGA